CGGGUUUGCAUGGGACAAGUGCAUGUGGAAGACACAGUUUCAUCAUUUCCACCAAGAGAAUGUAGAUAUUGAAGCUUGAAAAUAUGUGAUGAGUAAAGAAAAAAAUGUUACUGAGGAACCUUAACGAUUCCUUCCCUUUUUCGGUGCAAUAUUGAAAGAUGGAAAGAAGAAACAAUGGAAAUAUAGUUUCACCUGAUGUAUUUAGGAUCUCCUUAGGAUCCUUGAACUUAUCAGCGGAAUUGAUUGCGGAAUUAAUCAUUCCAAAUUAACAAACCCAUAACAGGAUAAUUUGAUACGCAAAGAGAAACAGGAGAGAUCUGUGAUCCGUGCCUUCCCGAGGAGAUGUCUUACGUCGAGAAAAUUAAAGGAGAAAGAGAAUGAAAGAGAGAAAAGAUAUAUACUUGUCAUAUAGACUUGGAAUUUAAAUAGCUUGAAAGGAGGGGUUUUUAGUGGGUUUUAAAUAUGUUUCUCUCAGUUAGGAACAACUUUACCUUUAAUUGGAGGAAUUGUAGUCUAACAAAUGUGCCGGUACCUACGUGCUGUGUUUAUUUUUUGGAUUUAAAUUCAUCAUGCACUUACGGAGAGUAUGGGAUUUUUCAAUCACAUUUGUUGUCCAAAAGGUCGAACAAAAGGGACUACGAAGAACUCCUUUACUUAACAAAAAUGUUCAAUGUAUGCGAAGGCAUUAGAGAAACCCCUGGGCCAGCGUUUCGCUCCUUUGGGGAAAUGCUACAGGACUGAAUUGCUGGAAUCUAACAAAGCAAGCGAUUGUGAGGUAUGCCAAAUCUCUCCUAUUCUUGGAUUAAGUGUUUUGAACGAUAAUCUCGCGUAAAAAACGUUAUUUAACCAAGUUAAGUACAAACGAUAAUCUCCUUCCAUAUUUGAUCACGUGACGGUGGAUUAUUUUAAAAACCGGGGGAUUAAUGUAACCGUUUAAAUAAAUGUUUGAUAUUUAAGAUUUGACAUUUAAGUUGACCGUAUUCAUACAUUUUGUGUAUUGGAAAUGGAAGGAAAGAAACCGUGAUAGUGGUAAAAGUAUAAAAAAAAAUCGCACAGCGUAGAAAUAGCUGAUUAUGCAUUUCGUACCACGGAAUAGCGAAGUCGGAGGGCUGCGCUCCACGUCCCAUCACCUCACCCCCGGGAGUUAUGGUCACCGACUCAGGUCGAACUCAAACGAAUCCAGACACAGUUGGUUUAAGUUCAAGCUCGCCGGAUCCGGAUCUCAGAUUAUUCCGCACAGUGAUAACGAAGCUUCGGAUCACGAAGGACCGGAGUUCGACGAAACGGACGACCUCAGGCAGGAAUUCGUGAAAAGCAAAGAACUCACGAAAAAUCACGACUGUGUGAAGGAAGGCUGUAAUCGUGUGGUCCUGAAUGUUAGUGGAAUGCGGUUCGAAACCCAGUUGCGCACCUUGAAUCGACUCCCGAAUACACUGCUCGGGGACGAUAAAAAGCGUGAAAAGUUCUGGGAUCCGCGCACUCAAGAAUAUUUCUUCGAUCGCCAUCGACCUAGUUUUCCCGCCAUUCUGUAUUUUUACCAAAGUGGCGGGAGACUGGAAAGACCUAUUGAAGUGCCAAGUGAUAUCUUCCUCAACGAACUCCAGUUUUUUGAACUGGGCAAGAACGUGAUAAACUCUUACAAAAUGAAAGAGGGAUUUUUCGUAGAAUCUGAAGAAGUUCCAGAGAUGCCGGAAGGACCUUUUCAAAGAAAAAUGUGGGAGUUCUUCGAAUACCCAGAAUCCUCUAUACCAGCCCGCAUAAUGGCGGGCUUUUCGGUGUUAUUAAUUGUCGUUUCCGUUACGACGUUUUGUGUAGAAACUCUACCUGAUUUUGAGGGAACACAGUGUGUUAACACAACAAGGGAAUUUGAAAACGGAACGACUGUUGAAAUACAGAUUCCAAAUUUUCUACAUCCACUGUUCAUAAUCGAGUCCAUUUGCAUUGCAUGGUUUGUAAUAGAACUCAUAGCCCGAUUCAUGUUUUGUCCGUCAAAGCUAGAUUUUGUUAAGAAUUUAAUCAACUGGAUUGACUUAGCCUCCAUAACUCCGUAUUUUAUAUUUAUGACCGUUUUCUUUAUCACUUGGGAAUGCGAUCAGAGUAACCAAGGGGGAGUGCUCUCUGUCCUCAGGGUUUUUCGUGUUGUGCGAAUAUUGAAACUAAGCAAACAUUCGGAAGGCCUUAAGAUUCUUGGUAAGACUUUACAGACAAGCAUGAGAGAGCUGAGCAUGUUUGCUUUAUUUGUAGCUAUCGGCGUAGUGAUUUUUGGUGGUGCUAUUUACUAUGCCGAACUACAGCAGUCGCAUACUUUCUUUACGAGUAUCCCGGAUGCGUUUUGGUGGGCGGUCGUUUCUAUGACAACAGUUGGAUACGGAGAUGUUUAUCCGAAAGGGAUAUUUGGAAAACUAGUCGGAAGUCUCACCGUCAUUUCCGGUUUACUGGCCAUUGCUCUUCCGGUUCCGGUUAUUGUGACGAAUUUCAAUAACUUCUAUAGGAAUUCUUUGAACCGACAAAAAUCCUAAGAAAGACACUGGCAUAUAAAAAUGAAAUAUGUGUAUGUAUUUACUUUCUUAUUUCGAAGGUCGAGCAUUCAGUAAGCUGAAUCAGAGGAAGUUAAAAAAAAUUGUGGCGUGAACAAUUCAAAUUGAAAGACAAACUGCAGGUCUCAAACAAAUCUGUGAUAUUUGCUUAGAAAGCCAGUCCAAUAAACUUCCAUGUCUUUCUUUUUAUUUCCCACGGCACAUGGUGCAUACUCUUUUGUUUUGUUGUUUUUUUUAAAUCCACAUUGUUAGCAUCACAUUUUGUUAUGUGUGACCAAAAAAAUACAAACUAAGAU